AUGUUGUGGUCUGCAAUCCCCUUGUCAUUGGCCACAUUCCUCUCAGCCGUGGUGGCACUGCAGCUCUAUCGAAUUAUUAGCAGAAGAUAUAGGUCUCGGAAGCUAUCGAAGCAAUGGAAUUGCGAGCCAGUAUUUUCCUAUCCAAGUGGGCUGUUUGGUCAUAAAGCGGUCUGGCGCGCGAAGACUGCGGCUCAAGAAGGCCAAGUUGGAUCUACUCUGCACGAGGUUCAUUUGCAGUAUGGAAACACCCUGAAAUUGAAUUUUGUGGGUCACGAUGUUGUCACUACUUGCGAACCAGAGAAUAUCCAGGCACUUUUAGCCACGCAGUUCUCCAGCUUCGGACUGUCUAAAUGGCGUUACCCACAGUACCGCCCAUUGCUUGGGAGGGGGAUAUUCACAUCCGACGGCUCAGCCUGGGAGCACUCGAGGAAGUUGCUACGCCCCCAGUUCACGAAGAAUCAGAUACCCCCAAUUGAAUGGUUUGACUCCCAUUCUAAGAACUUAAUGCAAGCACUGCCGCCCGAUGGGCAGGUCUUUGAUAUCCAGCCGCUUGCCUUCCGACUGGCACUUGACUCUGCCACGGGCUAUCUGUUUGGGGAGUCUAUUAGUUCCCUCAUUAAGCCAGACUCCAAUCAGACAGGUAUUGCAGAAACUUCAGGUCGCGGAAACGAAGGGUUUGCUGCGGCAUUCGACUACGCCCAAGAUAUCCUUUUCAGACGAACUCUCGCGCUUUCUUACUACUGGCUGAUUAACCCUAGCGAAUUGAAAAACUCCACUCGUGUUGUUCACAAAUUCGUGGAGUACUACGUUGAUAAGGCAAUCGAAUACAGAAGCAAGAUUAAUAGCUCGGGGGGUGGCCAUGAACAGAAAGGAGAUGAAUAUUGUUUUCUGCACGCACUGGCGGCCGAGACACAAGAUCGGGAUUUCCUGAGGGAUCAAUUGGUGAAUGUUCUUUUAGCCAGUCGAGACGACGUUGCCAGCGUGUUCACCUCCAUCUUCUUUCUUCUUGGACGAGACUCUGUCGCAUGGCGUACGUUGAAAAAGGAAGUCACCGAUGCGGUGGACAAGCACGCGAGCAAUAUCACCUUGAAGGACAUACAGAGUCUUCCUUAUCUACGCGGUGUUUUGUACGAAGCACUUCGUCUCUUCCCCCCCGUUCCUUUGAAUGCGCGUGUUGCUCAUCAUGAUACGACAAUUCCCGUGGGAGGUGGUCCGGAUGGUCGAUCCCCAGUGUUCAUUCCCAAGGGGCAGAUGGUCGCCUAUUCAGUCUGGUGCCUUCAUCGGCGUCCGGAUAUCUGGGGCGCGGAUGUUGAGACAUUCCGACCGGAGAGAUGGGAAGAAUACAACCCACCGGCGUGGGACUUCGUUCCCUUCAAUGGUGGACCCAGAGCGUGUCUUGGCCAGCAAUUUGCCAUAAUCCUGAUUAGCCAGCAGGUAUUCAGGUUAGUUCAAUACCUGGACUCCGUUGAGAGCGCCCAGCCAGGGCCAGACAUGGGGCUCAACCCUCCAUUGCGGCAGAGCCUGACCAUGUGUCACGAGCACGGAGUCCAAUUGCGCAUCAAAAGAUCGAAUGUUUGA